AGCUCUGCAACCGUGUUCUCUUUUUGGAUCAGCUCCUUGGUUUCGCCGUUGCUGCUUCAUUUUGGUUUGCUGCCAUCAGAAGGAGCUCCCUGAGACCUUCCCUAAAAGGAACCAACUCUCCACCCAUAGGACUCCGCUGUGAAGAGGUUUUUCUUUCAUACUUCAAAACUGUGGUGAAAAAUGAAAGGCCCAGCAGACCCCUCAAGUCUUCUCUUCAACUGCUCAAAUCAGUCAAACUUUCCUUUCGAAGCUUCAGAGCAGUGUGGCAAAGAGACACACCUCGAGAAUGUACUUUUUGCCACCUUCUACUUCCUGGACUUCAUCCUGGCUUUUAUUGGCAACUCCCUGGCUCUUUGGCUCUUCGUUCGGGACCAGAAGUCUGGCACACCCGCCAACAUCUUCCUGAUGCACCUUGCUGUGGCUGACCUCUCAUUCGUGCUGGUCCUCCCCACCCGGCUGGUGUACCAUUUUUCAGGUAACCACUGGCCAUUUGGUGAGAUCCCAUGCAGGCUCACCGGCUUCCUCUUUUACCUCAACAUGUAUGCCAGUAUCUACUUCCUUAUGUGCAUCAGUGUUGACCGGUUCCUGGCCAUCGUGCACCCCGUGAAGUCCAUCAAGCUCCGCAGGCCCCUUUACGCCCAUUUGGCGUGUGCCUUCCUAUGGCUCAUAGUUGGGGUUGCGAUGGCACCGCUGCUGCUCAGCGUGCAGACUGUGGAAGUGAACAACACAACCAUCUGCCUGCAGCUCUACAGAGAAAAGGCAUCACGUCACGCUCUUGUGUCCUUAGCGGUUGCAUUCACCUUCCCAUUUGUUACUACGGUGACUUGCUACUUGCUAAUCAUCAGAAGCCUGAAGAGUGGGAACAGAGUGGAGAAACACCUGAAGGAAAAAGCUAUCAAAAUGAUCAUCAUGGUCCUGAUGAUCUUUCUGGUUUGUUUUGUACCUUAUCACGUCAAUCGCUACAUUUAUAUUCUCCAUUACAACGGGACCAAGGCUUCCUGCGAGACACAGCGCCUGCUAGCACUCAAUAACCGCAUCACUUCCUGCCUCACCAGUCUGAAUGGGGCCUUCGACCCAGUCAUGUAUUUUUUCGUAGCUGAGAAAUUCCGUGAAGCUCUGUGCAACCUGUUUUGUGGUAGGAGGCCGGUGAUGACACUGCAGACUUGUGAGGGCAAGACAAACGAAAGCUCGCUCAGUGCGAAAUCUGAGCUGUGAACGUGACUCCUGCCACUGCUUCAGUGUGAAAAGGCUGCUCCACCAACGUCAGAGGGAUGCAGAGAUGGUGAAAGACAGCAUAACCAGAGCCAGGCUCACUCCUGCAGGGGGAAGUUCUGUCAUUUCCCUGGAACUGAAGUUAACAGGAACCUCUCUGACAACUGAGAUUACGUGCUCGUGCACAAGUACAGCCAUACUGACUGCUAAGAUGUGAAACUGAGGGCUGAGCUCUCAGGAACAACUAAGGAACACAGGCUGUUAAAUGGACAGCCUCUCUUUGCAAAAUAACUUCAUUCCCAAAGCAUUCAGUAAUGGCUUUUCCUAUGCACAAUGCAUAAGCCUACUUAAAAAUGUCCUAUUGUACCAACAGUACAGAUCCAUUCCUCACGUACACUGUACCUUCUGUUCAAGUUGCAUUCUCAGUGUUUAUACACCGUAGGCAGAAAAAUGAUACUAAGCCAUAGCAAAAUAAAUAAUAAAAUAAAAGGCAAAAUGCUGCAACACAUCCAACCAGGAAUGCAAUUAAGAGAGUACUGACUAUUUUUUAACUGCUUCGAAGUGCUAUGAGCAGGAGAUGUGCUCAGAGCUUCAAACAGAGGCCAGACAACGUUUACUACACUGCCUCUGUUAUGUAGUUCCCUGCCAAAGACCAGACAUCCUGAUAGUACUCUGACUAAAGAAUAGAAAAGAUCUGCUUAGGAACACAGCAUACAUCUUUACUACAUACUGAAUCAAAAAACUAUGAACCUGUCUCAAAAAUUAGUAAAGUUGGACAAAAGCAAGUAGAAGAAGAAAUCACAGCAUCAUUUAAGAUGGAAAAGACUUUCAAGAUCAAGUCCAACCACCCACCUGACCUACCAAGUGCCACCAUUCCAACCAAGUCCUUUAGUGCCACAUUCACAUAUCUCUUAAUUACCCCCAGGGUAUUUAUUUUACUUAUGUUUCCUUUGCCCAGAGAGAUUCUCAUCUUUAAGGUAUUUUACAACUAUUUCAUUUUGGCAGCUUACCUAAGCAGACUAUUUAUUUGCUACAGAUAAAGCAGGGAUUACCUUAACUAUCCUCACUGAUACAAACUAUAUCCAGUGGAAUACAUCUGGGACUGAGAGGCAGACCAAGCAAAAUCAGGUACAGUGAGAAAAUAGAUAACAAACACAACAGUUUCCAACAGCAUUUGCUAGCAGAAAGCUUCUAUGCAAAAGAGGUAAAUGUUAUAGGAAACCACACGACAGGUGAAAUAAACAUGGAACAUACAGAUUACAUAUGCACACACAUUCUUUUCCUGUACUUACCAUUUAAAAUUUGUCCCACAUAUUCUGAAAUCAAACAUUCUCUUUUUCUUGCUUGAAUUGUUUCAAUCCUAGCUGCUUUCCUAAACAGACCCAGGAAUUCUCCUAGGUGCUGUAACAACAGCACAGAUUCUAACAAGCUAAAGUGUCACAAGAAAAUUUAUUAUGCCCAGCUCUAAAAACUAAGACACAGAAGUUGCAUGCAGGACUGAACAGAAAAGGGAGUGGAGGAAUCUUCCUGCUGGACAGGUUACAAGCAUAUAACGUUUCCUUCCUCACCCUUCAAGUAGUGAAAACGUAAACCCCAGGAAACUACUAAGCUUUGCUCAAGAUAUGAAAGCCUGAAAUUAACUAUGAAUUGUACAACACUUUGUACUAACUGUCAGAUGGGUUUAUUUUCUUAUGGUACGCUUCUGUAGAAGUUUCAAGUUUUUAGUUUCUUACUUCUUAAUUAAAUGCAUUAAUCUAC